AUGACACAUGGAAUAAACAAGUUAGCAUCUGGGCUGCCCAACCUGUCGGUAACUGAAGCACUGGACGCAGAGGCUCAAGCUAAGAUGAAGAAGACUGGCAUCAGUGAGUUGAGGAUCAGCCGAUUGCCUACACCGAGCAUUCACUACCAACCAUUUCUACCGAUUGAGCCUGAUUGUUCCAUUUGCGCGCUCGCUCUCCUUGGCGAGAGCAAGAACAAUAUCCUCCUCUUCUUGGACGAGGCCGGCAACACCUGCAUCUACAACACUGAGCUGAGCUCCCUGACUGCAACGCCCAUCCUGAAUUCGCCCAAGGAUGCCGAUUGUGUGGCAGUCUCCAUCCCAGAUUCCCAGGUGCUUGGCUACGACUCUAUGGGGAAGUGGCGCUGGAGUGAACUCCCACCACCGCCAUUCUUGGAGGACCGAGAGUACGAGGUCCCCCUCAUGACUAACUUCACGGUGGUCGAUGGCACCAGGAUAUAUUCAGGCCCCUAUGACUUGUGCACGCUGGACAACCUCUCCACCGCUCCAGGCUCUCCGCCGCCGACGAUGCAGCACAUCGGGGAGGAGGAAUCUGAGCUGCCGGAGAACUGGUCGCAGUUAGUGCAUGACCUGGUGAACCUUGGCUCAGGGAGGUUUUGCAUUGCCAAUAAGUUCGUUCUUAACUUUGGUGAGAAGUAG